GAAAAACACAUUCAGACACACAGUGAGUGCAGUGCGGCCGUAUAAAGCAGAUAGAUAGACCGAAAGACAACAGUGAGGCAGAGGGGAUGGGGGGGCAGAAAGAUACUAGUAGAGAGAGAGAGAGGCAGGGAGGCAGGCAGGAGAUUUGCUGGGAGGAAGGAAGGUAGAGUAGGCGUGUUCUUUGUGAUCCGUGCUCAUGAAGCCUGGUCUGGUCUGCUGAGGCUAGUGGAGCUCUGUGUUGAUGAGAGAGACGGUGGAGAGAUGCUCUGACUGAACACCCCCCUGACACACACCGCUCUGCUUCUCAACUACGGAUACUAACUGCAUCUGAGGGUCACACACAACCAGACAGCCAAGAGUUCAUCGGAUCGGUUCAGACAGAAACCCACUAGGAGCCGCCGGAGUCUGUGUUCAGUCGGCAGAAAGUGGCUGCAUGUCAAAAGGAGUGUGUGAUGCUGGUAGGGUCUGUCUAUGUGUGGGUGAUGAUGGUAGGGUCUGUCCAUGUGUGGGUGAUGAUGGUAGGGUCUGUCAAUGUGUGUGAUGCUGGUAGGGUCUGUCCAUGUGUGUGCAGAUGAGUGUAAAGCUGGCCCCUGUGUUGGAGUCUAGAAUUGUUUUGACAGGGGCCUUGGGUCUCUCUGGCUACCCAGGGGAGGGAGCACUGGCCUGGGCAUCCACAGGCCUCGCUACCCCCUGUCACCGCCCUGGCCCUGGAGGACUCCUUUGAGCAAGCCUAACUGUUGGGAGCGUACAAUGGCUACUGGGCUUCCCUGUGGAUUGAAGUGGCUUUCUGUACAAGUGCUCCGGGAUCUGUCUGAGUUGUUCUGCGGCUCGCACUGGACCCACCUGGAGAACGUUGCUUUGGCCCUCCUCAAGCCAGCAGGGACACAGCUCCACUAAGGUUGCCGGAUUGCUUGUGAAGAAUGAUGAGCUCCAAACAGGAAGAAACUCUGAGAUUUGUCCAGUAUGUUGAAGAUAGUGGACUAAGAGCCUACAACGGGGUGGUCUAUCAGAACCCGGAUGUUGAAGGUAGUGGACUAGGGACCUACAACGGGCUGGUCUCUCAGAACCUGGAUGUGGAAGAUAGUGGACUAGGAACCUACAACGGGCUGGUCUCUCAGAACCUAGAUGUUGAAGAUAGUGGACUAAGAGCCUACAACGGGCUGGUCUCUCAGAACCUGGAUGUUGAAGAUAGUGGACUAAGAGCCUACAACGGGCUGGUCUCUCAGAACCUGGAUGUGGAAGAUAGUGGACUAGGAACCUACAACGGGCUGGUCUCUCAGAACCUGGAUAUGGAAGAUAGUGGACUAAGAGCCUACAACGGGCUGGUCUCUCAGAACCUGGAUGUGGAAGAUAGUGGACUAAGAGCCUACAACGGGCUGGUCUCUCAGAACCUGGAUAUGGAAGAUAGUGGACUAAGAGCCUACAACGGGCUGGUCUCUCAGAACCUGGACCACGGCAGGAAUGAUAGGAACAGUAUUUACCUACAGGAGAAAAAGGACAAGAAGAGAAAACAGGAAGAAGCCAUAAAAAGGACGGGCGAAGAGGUGGUGACCGAGGAGAAGCACCUGCGUAUGGGCUCUAUGACCAUGCCAGCCUCCCCGCAGCUUGUUUGCGGGCUGGGCUUUGCCGUGCCCUCCCAGUCACUACACUCGGUGGGCGGGGGCAGUAACGGCGGUGGGGAGGAGGAGGUGGGCAGCCCUACCUCCCGUAAGCAGCCCCCACCCAAACCCAGGAGGGACCCGGCUACCAAGCUGAGCAUUUCCUCUGAGACAGUGGACCACAGCCCCACCUUGGUCUGCAGGGGCUGCAGGGCCAAUCCGGAUGCGCCACAAGGCUGCGGUGAAGACUGCAAGAGGAUCCCUCCGCCCAAACCCAGGAGGAACCCCAACACCCAGCUGAGCACCUCCUUCGAUGAUUCCUACAUCAGGAAGCACAUUGGCUCCAAGAGUCACUCCCCCUCUGCCGAGCACGAGCCCAACCCCUCUCCGCCGAGCGACGAGAGCCCCAGCCACCACUCCGACUCGGAUGAGCCUGUCUACAUCGAGAUGGGCGCCAGUGUUGGGGGCGGCGGGCACACAGAGGCACCCAAGAGUGAGGACGAGGAGCCGGGAGAGUCUGUGUACGAGGAGAUGAAGUACCCUCUCCUGGAUGAUCUGGACUACUGCUGGGACCCCCCGGGGUGCCGCUCUGCCUGCCCCACCCCGGCGCUACUGGACCCAGAGCCCCUCAACCGCUGCUCCACCCCGCGUAACAUCCCCCUAUGCAACAUCCCUGCGCCGUUUCCCAACUUGCUCACCCACCGGCCGCCCCUCCUGGUGUUCCCCCCGGCGCCGGCCCAGUGCUCGCCAAACUCGGACGAGUCCCCGCUCACCCCUGUGGAUGCACUGACGAAGCUGCCCAUGAUGGACAACCCCUGCGCCUACAACAAGUCACCCACCUCCUCUUCCGAGCCCCCCUUGGCGCACCUCCGCCGGGAGCUGACAGCCACGCCCACCCUGACUGUUUCGGGUCGCUCGUCGGCUCCGCCCCUGCCCUGCACCCUCUACAAGUCCUCAGCCUCCUCAGCCCACGGCUAUCAGCACAGCCACUCAGCCUGCCCCUCUCCCGUCAGCAUGGGCCGCUGCCUCACGCCGCUUAGCCUGAUCCCGGGCGGGCUGCCGCGCAGCGCCUCCACCACGCCCCAUGGAAAGGGCUCGCCCCCACAGGACUGCGUGGUCGGGGGCAGGCUGCAUGGGUCAAUGCAGAAUGUGUCCACGGGACGCUCACGCACACCGACCAGCCCUCUGGACGAGCUGACCAACCUGUUCACCGCCGGCAGGAACAUGAUGAAGAAGAACACCGGCGGGAGGAAGUCCAAGGAGCCCGGGGAGACCGAAUCCAAGAGUAAGUCUCACAGUGAAUCAAAACGUGAUGGCAAGGACCGGCACAGUCACAAGGAGUCCAAACGGGAGAGUAAGGAUCGUAGCAAAGAGUCUUCUUCUCACCUACGCAACACCAAGGACAGGAGCUGUAGCAGCGUGGAGCCACUCCCCAGGCGAUAUAGCAAAGACCGGGUUUGUAACAGUGUGAAGCCCUUGCCUAUGAAACGGGACAGCAGAGACCGGGGUUGUAACCGUGUGGAGCCCUUGCCUAUGAAAAUGGACAGUAAAGGCAGAGGUUGUAAAAGUGUGGAACUCCCGCCUGUCAGACGGGACAGCAAGGACAGAAGUGUCCACGGCAUGGAGCCAUUACUACAACUAGACAGCAAAGACUCUCCCCGGAAUGGUGUGGAGUCCAGACCGGACAGCAAAGACUCUCCCCGGAAUGGUGUGGAGUCCAGACACGACAGCAAAGACUCUCCCCGGAAUGGUGUGGAGUCCAGACAUGACAGCAAAGACUCUCCCUGGAAUGGUGUGGAGUCCAGACAUGACAGCAAAGACUCUCCCCGGAAUGGUGUGGAGUCCAGACAUGACAGCAAAGACUCUCCCCGGAAUGGUGUGGAGUCGAGACCAGAGAGCAAAGAAAGGCUCAGCCACCAGAACCCACCGGAACUUCUACCCAGGCAAGAUAGCAAAGACCGAACCAGGAACGGAAUUGAUUUGAGACAUGACAGUAAAGUACGAAUGGACCAGCCACCAGAGCUCCUACCAAGGCAAGAUAGCAAAGACCGAACCAGGAACGGAAUGGAUUCUAGACAUGAAAGCAAAGAACAAAUGGACCAGCCACCAGAGCUUCUACCCAGGGAAGAUAGCAAAGACCGAGUCAGGAACGGAAUGGAUUCGAGACACGACAGCAACGAACGAAUGGACCAGCCACCAGAGCUCCUACCCAGACAAAAAAGCAAAGAUUCACCCAGAAAUGGCCUUCAGUGCAGACGUAAUAGCAAAGACAGAGACAGGGAGAGCUACAGCCUAGAGUUUAGACAUGAGGGCAAAGAACGAAGUUACAAUGGAAUGGAGCCCUUUCCCUUACCCCGACAGGAAAUCAAAGAGUCAGACAGAAAUGGCCUUGAAGCCAGGCGUGACAGCAAGGACAGAAGCUGCAAUGGCUCAGAGCUGCCCCCCCGGCGCGAUAGCUACGGCAAGAGUGCCAAUGGGGUAGAUCUUAGGUGCGUCAAUAAAGACCAGGUUGGUCAUAGCUCAGAGGCCUUGCCCAGGCGUGAUGUCAGAGAUAGGGGGACCUACAGCGUUGAGCAAUCAAAAGCACAAGCGAGGAACGGUGUAUCAGGGCAACAACAAUCCUCGACUGCCACACCAACUCGGCAUGGGAGACCUGCUGGCAGUCCGCCAAUGGUGUUUGGAAGUGGCAAUACAGAGCUGAAACCAGCACUAACGAAGUAUGGCCACUCCUCAUCUGCCCCAGUUACACCCUCUCCCUUAGGGACCCCACAGAGGCUAGCAUCAGAGGCACAGGCGUCCCAGAUACCGUGGAAGUGUGGGAACAGCACCAUGCUGGAGCAGAUCGAGAGGAAACGCUCCCUGUGCAUGGAGAUCCGCUCCAGGCAGCAGCCAGACAGGAACACCCCGGACAGGAACCUCUGUAAGCAGGACAGCAUGCCUACCCUCCCCAUCUGGGGGAAGAGCAGCGGGGCCAAAAAGAUCCGGCCUCCCCCCUACCCAACACAAACCACCGUGUUCUGGGACACAGCCAUCUGACAAUAACCAGCUUGGCCUCACGCCCAUCCUCCUUCUGAACUCUGUGCCUACUGAUUGGCCCUCUCCACAUCAGAGGUAUCAGGGGCAGCCAAUAAGAGCAGGGGGGAUCGCUAAUGUCAAAGGACAAUGGUGGUUACCAUAGCAAUAUUUCUGCUUGUUCAGGUUGACAUUUUUUCUUAUCAUCACCAGUGAUAUUUGAUAUUUUUCUAUUUCGUGUGACUUCGUAUGAAUAGAUAUUUUCUAAACAAAAAGCGAUGAAGCAGCAAAAAACUAUGUAGUUGUAGAUCAAUCCGAUGUCGUUUUUUUAAACGUUUUUUUGUUUUGUAUUUAACAUUUUAAAGCAUAGUCUAUCAAGCAUAAUUCUUUAUGCCAAAUGCUCAAUUAAUUUAAAAUGCUAGACGUACUCUUUUGAAUGGAGGAUAUUCUGACAGUCAACACGCUGUCACUGUUGUAGGUUGAGGAGUUCAGUUGACAUACAGUACAAUACCAGUCAAAUGUUUGGACACACCUACUCAUUCAAUGGUUUUUCUUUAAUUUUUAAAAUUUUCGAGGUUGUAGAAUAAUAGUGAAGACAUCAAAACUAUGAAAUAACACAUAUGGAAU